AUGAAAUUUCGAUUUUCAUUUUUCGUCUUCCAGAAUUGUUUAUUUUGAUCUGUUUUUGGAAUCUGAAUGUUUUUUUAUGAGGAAUAAUUGUAGCGGAGUUUUCUAGGAAUCUCCGCGUGCGAAAUCCGUUAGUCAAGGAUGUCGGUGAUGCGGAUGCUGGGCCGAGCGCCCGCAUCCAGUAUUCUGCAAUGUCGAACUCAGAUUUUCAGCAGUCUCAACCAGCGUCCGUACGUUCUCUUCCCCAGCCACCACUCCAGCCAGAUCCCCUCCCCACCGGCCGCCAAACCUGCGGCGGACCCUUUGCAACACGACUACCCCGUGGACCGGCGCAUCGGCGGCUUCACCGUGCUGCGCAGCCAAUCCAUCCCCGAGUUGGCGCUCACCGCCGUUCAUUUAGAACACAGCGCCACCGGCGCCCAGCACCUGCAUCUGGCCCGCGCCGACCGCAACAACGUCUUCGCCGUGGCCUUCCGCACGCCGCCCCGCGACAGCACGGGCGUGGCGCACAUUCUGGAACACACGGUACUGUGCGGAUCACGCCGCUUCCCGGUACGGGAUCCGUUCUUCAACAUGCUGAACCGCUCGUUGUCGACGUUCAUGAACGCGCUGACGAGCAGCGACUGGACCAUGUAUCCCUUCUCCACGCUCAACCGCAAGGAUUUCCAGAAUCUCUUGAGUGUGUAUAUGGAUGCGGCGUUCUUCCCCAAUCUCCGCAAUGUCGACUUUCGGCAAGAAGGAAUCCGUCUGGAGCCGGCGGACCUGACCGACCCCGCCUCAGCGCUGGCCUUCAAGGGCGUGGUCUUCAACGAGAUGAAGGGCGUCUUCUCCAACGCGGAGAACGUGUACGCCCGCCGCAUCCACAACUACCUGCUGCCGUCGGGCACCUACGGCGUGGAGAGCGGCGGGGAUCCGCUGGAUAUUCCCAGUCUGACGUGGGAGCAGCUGCGCAGCUUCCACAAAGCGUAUUACCAUCCCUCCAACGCCCGCUUCUACAGCUACGGCGAUAUGCCGCUGGAGGGCCAUCUGGACUUCUUGGAGACUACGGUGUUGAAGCAUUUUCACAAGGAGCCCAUCGACAGUCAGGUCAAGCCGGAGCCGCGCUGGACGCAGCCCCGCGAAUUCACCAUUGCCGGUCCCGUGAAUCCGUUGGCGCCGGCGGACAAGCAGGUGACGGUGUCCGUGUCGUAUUUAUGGCCGGAAGUGCUGAAUGCGCUGGACAACUUCUGCAUGGGCGUGGUGGCCAAACUGCUGGUGUCCGGCCCGAAAGCGCCCUUCUACGCCGCGCUGCUGCAGAGCGGCCUGGGCUCCGAUUACUCCCCGGGAACGGGCCUGGAUAACUCCAUUCGGGAAGGGGUCUUCAGCGUCGGUUUGAAGAAUGUCGCGGAGCAGGACACACAGCAGAUUGUCAGCACCAUCCGCGCGACCAUCGACCACGUGGUGAAGACGGGAUUCGAUGCGGAGCGCGUGGAGGCCAUCAUCCACGAAGUGGAGCUGUAUCUGCGCCACCAGACGACCAGUUUCGGGCUGCACACGCUCUUCGGACUGAUGUCCAGCUGGAACCACGACGCCGAUCCCAUCCAGCACCUCCAGGUCAACCAGAUCGUCGACCAGUUCCGCCAGGCCAUGUCCAAUGAUCCCGAGUUCCUCCAGAAGAAAGUUAAAGAAUAUUUACUGGAUAAUGCGCACAAUGUGACGCUGGUGAUGAAGCCGGACACGGCGUAUGAAGAGCAGUUGAAGGAGAAGGAAAGCCAGUUGUUGGCGGAGAAAACCGCCGGGAUUGAUGCGGCCACACGACAGCGGUUGCUGGAGGAAGCAAGAGAAUUAGAGGAAGAACAGAACAAAAAACCGGACGUGUCCGUUCUGCCGACGCUGAAAAUAUCCGACAUUGAGUCGUCCUUGCCGCGUGUUAAUAUCAAGGAAAUAAAUUACGAGAACACGCCGAUAAUGUGCGUAUCGGCACCCACCAAUGGCGUGACAUACUUCCGUUCGCUGAUCUCGACGGAAGCGCUGCACGAGGAGCUGCGCCCGUACGUGCCGCUCUUCUGCCAGAUCGCCACGAAGAUGGGCGCCGGCGAGAUGGACUACCGGCAACUCAGCCAGGCCAUCGAGCUGAAGACGGGCGGUCUGGCGGUCAGCGAGCACGCCAGCCACCUCUUCUCCUCCACCGACAAGUACGAGCAGGGCGUGCUCCUCGGCUCCUUCUGUCUGGACCGCAACAUCGGCGCCAUGUUCGGAUUAUGGAAGGACAUCUUCAACCGCAUUCGCCUGCAGGAUCUCCAGCAGUUCGCCGUGCUCCUCAAGCAGAUGAGCGCCGACAUGAUCGCCAGUCUCGCUGACAGUGGACACUCGUACGCCAUGUCCUACUCGGCAUCGCAGCUGCGUCCCGCUGCACGGCUCCGCGAAGAAUGGUCGGGACUGCAGCAGAUCAAUUUCCUGCGCCCGCUGGCCGAAGCCGGCGAUCUCCGGCCGACGCUGGACAAGAUGCGCCUGAUCGCCAAGCACCUGCUGACCAACGGCCGGAUGCGCUGCUCGCUCAACACCACGCCGGCCACCAUGAAGGGCGCUCUGGAUGAGCUGGGGGAAUUUUUGUCGGCGGUGGAGGAUAAUUACGAGCUGCAGCACGUGGUGUCGGAUCCCGGCUUCCAGAAGCGCAGCGGUCAGCGCACGCACCUGACCUUCCCCUUCGCGGUGCAUUACGCCUCGCGGUGCUUCCCGGUGCCGGCGUUCGUCCACGCCGAUUACGCGGCACUGCGGGUGCUGGGCCGCCUGCUCAGCGCCAAGUUCCUCCAUAAAGAGAUCCGCGAGAAGGGCGGCGCGUACGGCGGCGGCGCGCGCCUGGCGCAGGACGGCUUGUUCAAUUUCUACUCCUAUCGCGAUCCCAAAUCACUGGAAACCUUCGAGGCCUUCGAGCGGUCGGUGGAAUGGGCGAUGAACGGUAGCUUCGGCACCCAGGAUGUGGACGAAGCCAAACUCUCCGUCUUCCAGGAAGUGGACAAACCGGUGUCACCCGGGGACGAAGGCCGCCGGCAGUUUAUCUACGCCGUCGACGACGACCUGUACCAGCGCCAUCGCGAGCAACUCCUUGCCGUGACCAAGGAGCAGUUGGUGGAGGUGACCGGCAAGUAUCUGGCCGACGGCGAGAAGGCCGUGUCCACGCUCCUCGGGGCGGCCGACGCCGAGGCGGCCGGCCGGGGCUGGACGGUGGUGGCCGGCGGGGAAGAGGGAGCCGAAAAGAUGUAAACGUAUGUAAUGCGAUCGGACGGUUUGUUGUUUGUUUGCCUUCGUAGUUGGAAAAUAAUUAUAAAAAAUAACAAAAAUAAAUUAACGGGAGGUGGGGGGUUUUUUUGGGAUCAUUAUGGUUGAAGUUCUGCUCAUUGCGGUGGCGAUUUGCUGAUUAAAUUAAACAUAUGUGA